UUGCGCUUUGACAGCUUAUACAAUGAAGAAUGCGACCGAUCGCUCGGUUUCACCUCAACUCUUCAGGUGAUGUCACAGACUGAGACCCGAGUAACAGGAUCGGGGACAUUUCUCUCCCCUACUUAAACUUACCUGACACACGAAAUGGAGCGCGCGGCGGUGGAUGCAUUUUUAACAGGGAUCCCCAUAUUCCCAUCAUUAGAUAAAAUGGCAAGCGUGUUUUCUUAUGAGAGCUCUGAGGUGGACUGGUGUGAAGAUAACUAUAAACACUCAGAGAUUGUUGUGGAGUAUUUCAACACGAUGAGCAGUUUUAUUUUUUUUGUGAUAUCCCCCAUAAUGUUGUAUCUGCUGCACCCAUACGCCAGAGAGAGGAACCUGGCGGUACAUCUGGUCUGGAUCAUGAUGGUAUUUGUAGGUAUCUUCUCCAUGUAUUUUCACAUGACUCUGAGUUUCAUGGGCCAGAUGCUUGAUGAGCUGUCAAUUGUCUGGGUUUUGGCUAUCGGCUACUCCCUGUGGUUCCCACGCAGACACUUCCCUUAUUUUGUUAAGGACAGGAGAUGCUUCACGCAGAUGGUUGCAGUCCUCACGGUUGUAACAUCUCUGUCCUCUUUCGUCAAACCAACAGCCAAUGCCUAUGCCCUCAACUUUUUUGGAAUACAUAUUCUCUACUCACUGCUGAUAGAGUUAAAGAGUUGCACAGAUCAAAGAGUGUUGCGAUUGUCCUGGGCUACUAUUGGCCUGUGGGUGCUGGCCAUUUCCUGCUGGAUUAGCGAUCGCUUUGGUUGUAGCUUCUGGCAGAAACUGGACUUCUGUUAUCUGCAUGGGAUCUGGCACAUUUUGAUUGUGUUAGCCACUGCUUAUGCCAGCACUUUAAUCGCUUACUUGGAUGCUACCCUGGAGAUCCCCUACUCGCUACCCCACGUGCAGUAUUGGCCACGGGAUAACUGGGCCAUUGGGCUGCCUUACGUUGUCCUCAAAGGAUCCACAAAGCUCAAAAAAAGAUGUUAACAGACAGAACAAUAUGCAAAGAUGUAUUAUCAUAUUUAUAAAGCUGAUAGGUGUAAUGCUGAUCUAGGUCCACCAUUUACCUUAGAAUGAGUAGGCAGAAUGGAGAUGAUCCUGGAUCAGAGAGACACUACGCCUAUGAAUGAAGUGAAGCGGGAAGUAAUUUUUAUAUGAGACAAAUGUUACCUUUUUAACUUUUUUUUUUUGCCAUUUUGGAACUUCAACCAAUUUCCUCACAGAACCAAACAGUUGUGUGUGUGUGUGUGUGUGUGUGUGUGUGUUUGCGUGUAUGCGUGCAUGUAUGAUGUGUGUGACAUUUUAAUUCGAGCUGCACGUGAGCUGUAUUAUCUUUAAAAACAUUUUCUGUUGUUGUGUAAAAAGGAAUAUUUUUUAGUUUUGACAAGAUUGAAUGUUUUAAAUUUUUUUAUAUGAAUCAAGGACUUUAACUUUAUAGAUUACAUUUAUUAACUAAAGUGUGAUAACUACUGGAUGUAUGUGUAAAACUUGUAUUAUACAGUAAUUGUAGUGUAGAGGUGCUUAUGUAAACUAUGUUAUAUUAAGAAAGUGGUUCUCAAAGUUUUCGGCAUGCAACCCCUCCAUGUAGGGUGCAUUCCGUUGUACCCCAAAGAACAUUCAUGACAUAAAACAAUGUAAAUUUAGAAUUUGAAUAAAACAAAACAAAAAAUGUAUGGAUGUUUAAUUACCAAGAAUUUAUGAUAAAUUCAUGUACUUUAUGGGGCCCCCAUCUUGCGCCCCCCCAGUUUAAGAACCACUGAAUUAAGAGUAUUUAAGGAGAAGUCACUGUGUUGAACGAAUAUUACACAUGUCAAUUCUCUCAAAGCAAUGGUGCAAAUGUUUUUUUACUAAUUUAAUAAAUGGGAAUCUGUGUGUGGUAUUGGAAUAAUUAAGUCUUGUUUUUAUAAAGUAUGUACUAUGUAAACUUUAUACUAUAUCUGUAACCUCCACCUCAUUGUAUGAAACCAUGUAUAUUUUAUGAUGUACUGAUACACAUUGUUUUAUAUAAAUUAUGAUUGUUAAAACAUGCAGUUGAAAUGAGAUUAUUUCAAGGUUUA